CGUAACUCACUAACAAGAACGAGACGGUGCUCAGAAGUUCAAAUAAAUAAAAUGGUGUCUCAAAGUGAGAAUUCUAUGGAUCCUUUCGCAGCAAUAAGAAAAUUAGAGAUGAAUUGUCCUCCAGUCAAAACUACCUCCCGACCCAGAUCAUCAUUCUUUAUUGAAGAUAUUCUACAGUUGCAUAAACCGAAAUCGCCAGACAAUCACCAUCAAGAAAACUACUCAUCUGCUGAUACAUCAUCAACUGUUGAAGAGGAAGAUGAAAUUAUUGAUGUUGAAGAUUUACCUCCGCGCAGUAAAAAUUCUAAGGCUUCUCCUUUGGACGCUUUGUUCAAAAUGACAUCAAAGACGCUGAAGGGUUUGGAUUCCGGUGGCGAAAAUACAGAAGGAAGCAACGCGUCCGCUCAAUACAUCUUUAAAGCGCAACCGCCAAAACGACGCCGAAAAUCUAGAACAGCUUUUACCAAUAAUCAAAUAUUCGAAUUAGAAAAGCGUUUCUUGUUCCAAAAGUACUUGACUCCUGCCGAUAGGGAUGAAUUAGCCAUGAAACUAGGCUUGUCUAAUGCACAAGUAAUAACCUGGUUCCAGAACCGCCGGGCAAAAUUGAAACGCGAUUUGGACGAGCUACAAAGUGACGUUAGUGCCGCUAAAGCAAAACUUUCGUUAGAUCAAAACGAAUUUGCCGGCGCUACGCUGGAAGCUAUUCAGUUUUAUAGGAAGCAUGGCUUAAAAAGAGUAGCGGGAACCUCAAUAUUGGAAAUGAAUUGUCCGACGGAGAAGAGGACUACACGUACAUGAAUAUUUCGUGAUUUAUAUAUUAAUUAAAGACAGAUUGUGCCUUCUUUCGUUCAAGUGAAAUGUUUUGUAUAUAAAUUCUCUUCGUUUAAUGUACAUACAUACGUUAUUGAAUAUAUCAGCAUUCAUAUGUAAAAUAUAUGUUCUGUGUACGUAUAUAUAUAUACGUCUGUAUAUACAGUAUACAUUAUAUAGAGUACAUCUAUGAAUAUAUUAAUAUACGAAGUAUACGGAAUAUCUAUACAGCAUGCUUCCAAAUUAAUAGGAAUAUUCUAUUUGCAACCGUAUAAAUAUAUAUAUAUAUCUAAUAUGGUGGUUAUUAAAUGAUAAAAAAAUGGCAGAUGUGACCUACUUUUAUGUGUCUUUGCUCAAAG